CUCUAGUGGUAGGGUCCCCAAGCCCCAAAUCCUUCAAAGUUUAUGACCGUUUUGUCCUUUCCUUCCCCUCCUUUACCUUUAGAAAACUUUCUAAUUCUUUACCUACCAACCCAACGGCCACUGCUCUCUCUCUCUCUCUCCCUCUCCCUCUUCCAGUGGGAAAGAUGGAUUUGAAACUAUGAAAACCCAGAACCCAAUUCCUUCUUUUACAGAAAGACGCAAUCUUUGAGAGACCCAGAGGAAAGAGAUCAAUAAUGGGUUGCUUUCUUGCAUGUUUUGGUUCUUCCAAAGACAAAAAACGCAGGAUACAGAGGUACAGGGUUCAGCACCGAGACCAUAGAUAUACAAGUUUCGAGCCUGUUCAAUCUGCAGUCUCUUCUGUAUCGGAGGUUCAGGAAACUCCUAUUAGCCCCGUAUUGGAAGAAGUCCGGGAUAAGCCAGUGGAGCAACUGAGCUUAAAUGCUAGAAAGAAAGUAACUUUUGAUUCUAAUGUCAAAACCUACGAGCAUGUCUCAAGCAACGAGACCUCGGAUCCUUUAUUGGAUACUGAAGAGAGUGGGAAGAAGGAAGAGGGGAAGAUUUUGGAAAAACCAUGCCAAUCCAAGUCUUCCUCUGACGAUAGUUCGAUCACUUCGAGCUCAGGGUCAUACCCUCCUAAUCAUAGGUACCAGAAUUGCAGGGAUAGUGAUGAUGAAGAUGAACCAUUAGACUCUGAAGACAGUGAUCUUGAUGAUGAAGAUGAGGAUGAUUACUAUGACGAUGAUGGGGAACUAGAGUACGAAGAUGAAAUUGUAGAAUCGAAUAAAGGGGUUUCUAUACCUCAAAUAAGUACUGAGGAUUUUGAUAGUCCAAUGCCAAUAAAACCAACUGGUUUGAACCACAAUGCACGUGAUAGGAGUGGUUAUGUCCAUUCCGUGCUAAACCCUGUUGAAAAUCUUACACAGUGGAAAGCUGUCAAAGCCAAAGGGACAUCACUAAUGAAGCCUCAGAAAGAGAAUUUCACACUGGAUCAAGAGCCCCGGAUUUCAUUCAGUUCGGAACCAAGUUUGAGCUUCAAAUCCAAAGCUGAUCAACACAAGAAGCAUUCGAAGAAUCCUCACCAAGAAGUGGCAGUUGAUGCUAGCCUCUCAAACUGGUUGGUUUCAUCAGAACAUAUACCUGUUAACAAGACUAGCACAAUUGCUUUGGACACUGGCACACCCGAGAAAAGCAUGUCCCACGGAUCAAACUCAGUGAGAAGCCAAGAAGAUAGACCAAUUUUAGGUGCAUUAACUGUUGAAGAGCUCAGACAGUUUUCAGCUUCCUCUUCACCAAGGAAGUCGCCAACUAGAAGUCCCGAUGAGAUGCCCAUAAUAGGGACUGUUGGAACCUACUGGAAUCACUCAGCUCCUCCUGCCAAGGGUUCUUCUGGUGCUUCUUACAAAGGAAUACCAAAUACCACCAGCAAAUACAGAGAGGAUAAAAGAGUGAAUUGGCAUUCUACCCCAUUUGAGACAAGGUUGGAAAGGGCUUUGAAUAGAGGGGGUGCUGCUGAAGCUUAGUGUUUGUAUAAGAUUGUUUUUCUUUUUUAGGCGGAAACAAGAUUGGUUUGUGAUUGUAUGUUCAUGAUGUCCAUUUUUUUAAUUCUUUUGUGAAUUAUGUAUUUAUUUCUGUGUGACGCUUGGCUGUUGUAAAAUUUAGUGGUUGAAUGAAAUAGACUUGCUUA